CAGGACAGCCGGAGGACCUUCUCGGUCGCUUCGUGACGCUAUGCACGCGAAGACAACGGCCCCACAGUCCCCCGCGGCGCGCACGCGCAGGCGACGGUUCCCGGCGUGCAGCGCGGCGGCAGCGGACCGGGCACUGGGCCGCCUCAGGCAGCCCUGGCCGGGCUGUCCCGGGCCCCGGCAGCGGGGGUUGGAUGGCGCUGAAGCGGAUCCAGAAGGAAUUAACGGACUUGCAAAGGGAUCCUCCUGCCCAGUGUUCUGCGGGACCUGUGGGUAAUGAUUUGUUCCACUGGCAGGCCACCAUCAUGGGCCCGAAUGACAGUCCUUACCAAGGAGGUGUUUUCUUCCUGACCAUCCACUUUCCUACGGAUUACCCUUUCAAGCCCCCAAAGGUUGCUUUCACGACCAAAAUUUAUCACCCCAAUAUCAACAGUAAUGGCAGCAUCUGCCUUGACAUCCUACGGUCUCAGUGGUCUCCAGCGCUGACAGUGUCAAAAGUCCUCUUGUCCAUCUGCUCCCUGCUCUGUGAUCCCAACCCUGAUGACCCUCUGGUACCAGAGAUAGCCCACAUCUACAAGGCUGACAGAGAGAAGUGGGGAGAAUGCUGUUACCAAGGUGUCCUCUUAAAAGGCUGUCUGCAUGGGACUCUGCCGGGGCAAUGCCACGUGGUACCUGAGACGAUGUGCUUCCGGCAGUUGUCACAGUGUUCCUGUACUCAGCAUCACAGAGGCUCACACUGGGGAAGUAGUGCCAGGAAAGAUCUGGACCUGUAGCUGUAAAUGUUGGUCCUCUGAAAAAAUGGAGGAUGAAGCUGCCAGCACCCCCAACACAAACAACCUGAUGCUAUGCAGGUAGGAGCAGCAAACCCACUCUGAGCUGGAUCCCUUCCAGAACCUGCCCCCUUGCCUGCUGUCCACUGGUGAGAGGAGAAAGAAAUUGUUCUCCCUUGGCCAGUUUUCUGGCUUUCCUGUUGUACCCACCUUGGUCUUGUCCUUUUGAUAGACUUCAUAAAAAGCAAAAAGACAUAGACAAUCUGCAAAAUCCCUCUCAGACCAGAGAGUGAUUCCUUGAUUAUCCCUAAAACUAUGUCUCCUUCCUUGCCUCCCCAACAACUUCUCCCAGGCCCCCAGACUUGUGGGCUCAAUGGCAUCCAGCUGCCUGCAAUAGAGCUACCCUCAAGGAUGGGGGAUCAACUGAGCUCUGUUUUGGAGGACAAUAGCAGGGCUGCCCUGUGGAGCCUGCUUCUCAACCCUGCUGCCCCCUAGCCUACCCACAGUGGCUUAAGGGGCUGGUCUUGCAACCCAGUCAUUACAUUCACUCUCUAGUUAUGUAAUUGGUGUUAUCAAAGCAUUGAUUGAGCACUUUUAGUGUACCCCAUACUCUCAAGGUAUGGGGGUGGGGAGAGAACUAUACAAAGCAUUCACGGGAGCUAGUUGAUGGGCAUACAUGGACACAAAGAGAUGUAAAGGUCAUAGGAAAUUAAGAGGAGAAGGAAGAAGAGGGGAGGGGCGAAAACCUACCUAUCAGGUAUAAUGAGCACUAUGUACGUGAUGGGUACACGAAAAUACCCAAUUUAAGGAUUAUAAAAGGUAUCCAUGUAAUAUAAACAUUUGCACCCCCUUAAUACUUUGAAAUUUAAAAAAUACAAAAAAUAUAAAACUCACUGGCAGACCAGAUACACAAAUGAGAAAAAGAAUCAAAUGUUACUGUUAUCACACCAAAGAGUCUGUCUGCUUGUCACCCAAGCCAAUCUACAGUGAAGUGGGUGAGAGAUUAAUAGUUUCACUUUAUUUACAAAAAAGCCAGCAAUUCUGGAGAGCAGCCAGGAUAUCUCCCCAAAGAACUCCUCUGUUCUCUCUUUCCUUUUGUUACUUUUAUUCUCACAUUAAAAGUAAACCUCAGCGGGUAGCACCUGUGGCUCAAAGGGGUAGGGUGCUGGCCCCAUAUGCCAGAGGUGGCAGGUUCAAACCCAGCCCCAGCUAAAAACAGCAAAAAAAAUAUCUGUAACUGGCUUCAUACUAUACUUAGAAUAAAAACUAUACUCAUUAAAAAAAAAAAAGUAAACCUCAGCAGGUAUGUUAUCAUACCUUAAACAGAUUCCUCCUUGUAUGUUACAAAGUUAUAUAAUAUCUUCCUAUUCUUCAAGUGGUUAUAUUUUAAAAGCAUUUUUAUUCUAGACUAACUAUAACUAUAACUCUUCUUUAUAGUUAUUCUAGACUCCACUGGGUAGACAGAGUGCCUUGUGUCCUUGACCUUGGAGUCCAGUCCGCCAACUUACUUAUGACAGUAGGCCUUGGAAGUGAAUAAACAAUCUCCAGAUGUCCGCUCAUCUGGCCUUGUUAGGGCCUGACCAGCAGUGCCCUGCAUGAAAUGACCAUUCAGGUUAUCAGUGGCUGAUAAUAUUACCACCACAGAAAAUGACCACACUGCAAAGAUAAUAAGAGAGGAACAAAAGAUAUGCAAAACAGAGACCAAUUAACAAAAUGACAAGAGUAAGUCCAGUCCUCACCUAUCAAUAACAACCUUGAAUGUAAACAGUUUAAAAUUCCCAGUUACUACCAUGGAAUUUAAAAAAAAUGGAGACUUCACAUCCUUUGUAUUAACCUGGAUGGAAGUGGAAGACAUUAUUCUUAGUAAAGCAUCACAGGAAUGGAGAAGCAUGAAUCCUAUGUACUCAAUUUUGAUAUGAGGACAAUUAAUGACAAUUAAGGUCAUGGGGGGGAGGAAAAGCAGAGAGAGGGAAAGAGGGAGAGGGGUGGGGCCUUGGUGUGUGUCACACCUUCUGGGGGCAAUACAUGAUUGCAAGAGGGACUUUACCUAACAAAUGCAAUCAGUGUAACCUGGCUUAUUGUAUCCUCAAUGAAUCCCCAACAAUAAAAAAACAAACAAAAAAAGACCACAUUUCCUCAUUUCCCCUCUCCCUGUGAGGGGCGUGGAUGCAUCUGUACCCACUGAGUUACUGGGCAAUUUUUCUUCCCCUGUGCUCUGCACAUCAAAAUAAAUCCUGGACGCCUUUCUCCCAUUAAAAAAAAAAAAUUCCCAGUUACAUAGGCUGGUGGGGCAUCUGGCUCAUGCCUGUAAUCCUAACCCUCUGGGAGUCCCAGGCAGGAGGAUCACUUGAGAUCAGGAGUUUGAGACCAGAAUGAGCAGAAGUAAGACUCAGUCUCUACUAAAAAUAGAAAAAUUAGCCAAGUAUCAUGAUGGGUGCUUAUAGUUCCAGCUUCUCUGGAGGCUGAGGCAGGAGGAUGGCUUGAACCCAGGAGUGUGAGGUUGCUGUGGGCUGAUGCCGUGGCUCUCUAGCCAGGGCAACAGAGUAGGACAC